GUCAUCAUCUGUCAAACUAAAACUAAAACGCACGAACAACAAAACUUGAUUAUAUAUAUGUACCAUAAGCCUGGUAACUGUGCUUAUGAUUAAAAGCUUAAGCAGAACUUUAUCCACAUUAAUUCCAUCCAUUAAAUACUCAGCUUCAUCCUACCAGUAUUUGAACCUACGAAACAUGUCAUCAGCAGCAAACAAUAUCCCCCUUGUAGAUAUAGAUCCGAGUGGUGUUUUUAAGUAUAUACUAAUAAAUGUGUAUGACAAAGAAAAAAAUGAGGCUGAGCCGCAAAAGGUGAUUGUAAGGGGGUAUAAACGAUGCGAAUAUCAUGCAGAUAUUUUUGAUGAGGUACAAGCAAAACACUCGUCCUUAGAUUUGGAGCCUUUAGGUGGUGGAAGAAUAUCUCAUGACCCAGAAAAUAAGAAAAUUCACAUUUAUGGCUAUUCUCAAGGUUACGGGAAAGCCGAUCAUGAAGUAACAGCUAAGAUUGUUAAAGGUGCUUAUCCUGCUUACACUAUUUCUAUCAGUGAUGAGGGUUAUUAAUUUAAACUAAUUUAUUUUUA